CGAGAGUUCACUUUGAAGAGCAGCGCGCGAACGAACACUAAUCCACCUUCUCAUGCUCUUUUAUGUUUCUUUAUGGCAACACCGAGUAAUGUCAGUCUAGCAUGGCUUUCUCUCCAGCUCUUGCCACCUGUGGACCGACAUGGCAUUUAGUCGAGUCUUUUCGGACCCUCCGUCCAAGAGCAUCUUCAAGACAUUCGCGGUCAUGCUGCUGUCUAUAUUCGCCUCUCUUUUCUUUCUCCACUGCCUCACAGAGCGAUAUGGGACCUGCACACCCACUGAGAAAAGAGACACAGUUCUUGUUGAGGGAUUUUACGCCUCUGACCUAAAAUACUCUGGGUCGAUGAGGAGAAAGAGACUUCUUCAAAAAUGGACCUCCACGAAACCUUUGGUGACGAGGCACCACAGCUUGAUCCAUCAGCUCGCGAGUGUCGGUGAAGAGGAUUUACCUGAACUUAAGGCAGAUAAACGACUUUCUCAGUCAAUCAUCAAGGUGUUAAACUCUGUGGAUGUAGAUUUAGAGGCUGGAGGCUCGUAUUUUAAUACAGGGAAAUUAAGUUCGUUGGGUGAGGGCAGUAAGAAGCUGCCUCAGGCGAUCAUCAUCGGCGUGAAGAAAGGCGGGACGCGCGCGCUGCUGGAGUUUCUGCGCGUGCAUCCCGAUAUCCGCGCGGUCGGAGCGGAGCCGCACUUUUUCGAUCGUAACUAUGACAACGGACUUGACUGGUACAGAGACCUGAUGCCUAAGACUCUGGAGGGCCAAAUCACCAUGGAAAAAACACCAAGCUACUUUGUGACCCAUGAGGCUCCAGCUCGGAUCUAUGCCAUGUCCUGUGACACCAAGCUGAUUGUAGUGGUCCGGGACCCCGUCACACGAGCCAUUUCCGACUACACACAAACAUUGUCCAAGAAGCCUGACAUUCCCUCUUUUGGGAGCCUUACGUUCAAAAACAAGUCUACAGGGUUGAUAGACACCUCAUGGAGUGCCAUUCAGAUUGGCAUCUAUGCUAAGCACCUGCACAACUGGCUGCAGUUCUUCCCCAUGGGUCAGAUUCUGUUUGUGAAUGGAGAACGAUUGAUUAGUGACCCAGCCGGAGAGCUGGGCCGUGUGCAGGACUUCCUGGGUCUCAAGAGGAUCAUCACAGACAAACACUUCUACUUCAACCAGACCAAGGGCUUUCCUUGUCUCAAGAAGGCUGAGGGCAGCAGCAAGCCCCAUUGCCUGGGCAAAACCAAAGGGAGGACUCACCCAAACAUUCACCCAGAGGUAGUGCAGAGACUUAGAGACUUCUACAGGCCGUUUAACAUGAAGUUCUACCAGAUGACAGGCAGCAAAUUUGGCUGGGAUGAUUGACAACAGUUUAUGUUGAACAAUGGGGUUAGACUAUAGAGAAAGACCCUUGAUUAAAGGAUCUCCUCACUAUGAUCACACCAGCAACAGGAAUAGGUACUAUUUCCUGUCUCUGCAAAAUACCAAAAAGUUGUCCAAUCUGGCUAUGGAGAAAUUAUAGAAAACGUGUGCACAUCCAACCCAAGUUGUAUACUGAUGCAGGACACAAUGCAACUAAUGUAGAAAAAACUAACUUUGUUGGAUAAACUGAUUAUUUGCAGGUCUGACAACGGCUAAGACCAGCAAACCAGCUUAGGCCUUUUUCAGCAUGGAAAAACCACACACUCUUAUUAUUAUUAGUCCAAAUUUUAUUAAAAUAUUGUGACAUUUCAUCCACUUAGGUCUUCAUCAAGCAAAAAUAUGAAGAUAAAAGUUGUUGCGUCAUUGGGAUUAAAACGUAUUUGUUUAAUACAAUUUUGAGGAAUAAUAACAGUUUAUGCUGAGAUUUUCCAGUCUUGUUAUGGCUAUAUUUGUAAUUUCAACAGCCUUGUGUUGCCUGAGGCCCUGGAGAGAAGUAAUGCUUACUCAAAGCACAGUGCUUUCUUGUAACAUAAAAGCUGGGACUAAGCAACAAUGCUCAGUGGGACUGUGAACUGUGAAAUAUCCACUGUGUGUCUGGGGUUUGGAGAUCAAACCAGUCCUCCUGCCAUAUUUAAUGUAGAGAAAGACUAGCUGCUUUAACACUCACUGAGCACUUUAUUAGGAACACUAUGGUCCCAGUAAAGUGUCCGAUGUGGUCUUCUGCUGUUGUAGCCCAUCUUCCUCAAGGUUCGACGUGCUGUGCAUUCUGAGAUGCUAUUCUGCUCACUACAUUUGUGUACAGAGUGGUUAUCCAAGGUUUGUUUUUUGUGGCACCAUUCUGAGUAAACUCUAGAGACUGUUGUGCAUGACAAU